UCCUGGUGGAGCAGGAUGUCCAAUCGAUUCCGCAGGCUGAAGUUCACUCCGACAUUGCGCCAUGGAUUUCCUUCCAAUCAGUUUGUGCCUUUUCCUGAUGAGCCUGAACCAUCAUUAAAUUCCACCAUAAAAGCAGUUUCACAGAGUGACACAGACACCUCUGGAAACCUUGAUGGUGCUGCAGCUCGGAUCACAAAUAACAAAACAAGUGGUGUAAACACUGCAAAAGGAGGAAAGGAUGAUGAAUUAUUGACAACGAUGUUGAGAAGUAGUGCUCCUUUUACCAGACUGCCCAGCGAUAAACUGAAAGCAGUGAUACCACCUUUCUUACCACCCUCAAGUUUUGAGCUUUGGAAUUCUGACCGAACACGACUCAGCAAAGAUGGCAAAGCUGAACAGAUGAGAACUGCCUGGCCACAGAGAGCGAUCAAGCAUGAUUUUAACAGCAGUGGGAACUCUGAUAUAACAUCUGUUAGCAAAGGUACUAGACCAGUCAAAUUACCAACAUUUGCAAGAAGACCUGCAUCUCCUUCAAAUUCUAACAACUUCAACCAUUCUCCCCAUUCUUCUGGUGGAUCCAACAACAUUGCAGGGAUUAACAGGCAUGGAGGCGAACUGCAAAACAGAUCAGGUGGCAGUGCAGAUAAUGUUUUGUCUCAGAUUGCAGCCCAAAGAAGAAAAGCAGCAGGCUUACCUGAACAGAAACCCAACCAACAGAAUAGUCCAGUCCAGACAACUCCUUCAUCCACUCUGCCUGAUUUGCAAUGCGCUCAAAUUGUUGGCAAUGGGCAUGUUGUAAAGGUACAGAAAAAUCAAAAACUGGAGAUGAACAAAAGACCUGCAUCUGGGACUUCAUCUACAUCUAAAAGCACAUCACCAACUCUCACACCUUCCCCAUCACCCUCCCCAUCUCCUAAGGUUCACAACGCAGAGUCCUCUCUCUCUUCUCACAGACAGGCCAAGAGCAACGGAUCCAGCAGUGGUACUAUUACAGAUGAUGGCAACCACUUGGUGGAUCAUCAACAGCUUGUCCCUAUUCUGAGAACCAGUGAUGUAGAGAAUCAUGAACGACGAAAUCACGUGAGAAUAAAAGGAGGCUCUGAAAACUUGGAGAAAGGUAAUCUUACCCUGCUACUACAGAGUAGUACAAAAGUUGGUGCUAA